CUUUCCUCUCCCAGGCCAGGUGCGGAAGGGAGGCCUGCUCUUCGAGGGCAUGAAUGAAUGGAGAAGAAUCCUGAGCCCCCUCCCCAAGGAGUCCCCAGUGGUAGUAGGAGGGAGAAGGCCGUGGCCCCCGGAGUCAGUCCCAGCUCUAUCCAGACCACCUCCUCUUAUCUCGGGAGUUAGCUGGGUGGGUCCCCUCAGGCUGGGCUGAGAGAGAUGGUUUUCAGUGGUGCCGCAGUUUUUCCUGGGGGAGAAGUACUUACGUCCUGAACCCAUGAACCCUCUGCACGAUGGCCCAGCAGCAGGGAUAGGGGCUGUGGGCUGGUGGCGUUCUGACCUCCCUUCUAGACAGCAGUGUAGGGAGCUACAUUGGGCCCAGGGAACUAGACCCCCAGUCAAACCUACACAAAUUUCAAUCUCUAGAGAAAAUUAGGAGUUGAGUUUGAUGACAGUAGAGAAAGACGAACCUCACGCAGACCGUAGUUUGGGAGAACAGGAGCCCGAGAAGAUGGGCCUCACCCACCCGCUCUGUGUCAUUCCCUGGGAACCCCCCCAGGGGACCCACCCAUCAGAGAUGGGCUGGCAACUGGCUCGUCGCAAGCUGGUGUUUUUCCACAUUUAAAAAUUCAUGACCCACUAAAAACAAUAAAAAUCCUGUGCCCUUUUUGUAUUUUAUGAUGCAAAGACCAGAGUCUCCUUUUCAUUUCCAAAUAUAAAAUUAGGAUACCAGCUAUGCAUUUUCUUAGCAGAAAGCCCUCCCUCCCCUAGCUGAGAAGGGCUGUCCAAGUCCCUGAGAACUCAGAGCUGUGGUGUGGGAUGAUGAUAGAAACUGCAGGUAACGCCUGGUCAGUAUCCGAGCCUGCAGGACCUCAGAGACUCUGCCCCUUUCUGUGCUUCCGACUCCAGUCACCCGAUCGUGGAAGACAGGAGGGCAGCGUGCACAGGGGCUGCUCUAGGGAACAAGGAGGGCCUUCUUUGGUAUGUGAUUAGUUCCGAGUUUCCUGGGGUCCUGUCCGCCAGAGGUGUGAACACAAAUGAACAAUUAAUAAAACUCUAGCUCCAGGGAGCGGAGAUCCCGCCGGGGAAGAAGAAACAGGUUGUUUAACCAACAACAGACAGCCCUACUGUACACAUUCACACACACACCCCCACACAGCCCAACAGCCGGUCUCACCCUCCCCUCCAGACCUGUGCACAGACACAGCCACACUGCAGCUCGGAGCUGUGCCAGCACCAGGCGUCCCGAGUGACUGACACGCACGCACGCACACACACACGCACACACGUCUGCCAUCAGCCCCAGCUCUCUGCACACAGCCGCCCCUCUCCUCCUUCCCCUUCCCCCAAGGAGUUCACUGCCUCUUUAAAACCCAACUCUGAGGGCCAAGUUCAGUGGCCCACAAAGGGUUCCAAUUGUGGCUAUUCAAUGGCCCUUCCCCAGGGAAGGGUGGGGAGUGGAGACAGAUGGGAGGCUUGUCCUGUUGCGGCCACCAAGUGAAAGUCUUGGAUGGCGAAUAAUGAGCUGGGCACUAGCCCUGCCCAGCCUGCUGCAGAAAGACUUAACCUCUUCCUAACCCAGCCCCGUGGGGGCUCGGUGGACUUCACUGCACUGGGGUACCUUCCUCGCUUUCAUGGUGCCAGGCCACUGUCCCCUCCGGCUGCCCAUUCACUGCUCUGUCUUUUCCUAGGCCCCCCGCCUUUCCCUGUUGCAAGCAUUUGCUCCUGUGCCUUUGCUCUGUCCUUGUUUCCCUGUGGGCAUGCUUUGUCCUCUAGCUUGACCGUGAGCUCUUCAAGUGCAGAGAGCAUGUCUGUUUUCCUGUGAUUGGUGCCCAGAGCAGAGCUCUGCACGCACAAGACACUAGCAAAUUAAUUCACUUGCUGCCCACUGGUACCAGCCCCAGGUCAUGCCCACCAGGUCCAACUCUAUCUCUCUCUUCUCUACAACAACCCGGUGUCCUCCACACCAGAGCUCGCCAGGGCCCCUCCCCUCUGUAUCCUUGUGCAGUUUCAACCCCCAGAUGCCUCCUUACAGCUUCGCUGGCUGGAAGCAUCUCCCAUCGUCUGCGCACAAGCGGGGCCCCCUGCUGGAGGGUGGGAUUGGGCAGGAGCCAGAGGAAGUAGGACAUGUUAUUGGGUAACAACUCCCGUCAGAUAGGAAUCGUGUGUCUGGGACAGGUGGUACAGAGGAGUGAGGGUCCAGCCAGGAAAGCAUUUGGAGGGUGGGGAUUUGACACUGCUGCUUAGGAGAGCCCUGGGGCUUGACCAGGAGAGCCCUAUCUUCUCUCCUUCCCACCCUGAGAGACCCAUGAUUUCACACCCACGGAGUCAGAGACCAAAGGGAGGUUCACAUCUGAGACUGUUAAUCACUUGGAUUUCUCAUGUUGAGUGGGGUAAACCAGGCUACCAGCUUUUCCUGGGAGAUGGAAGGUCUCACCGGGAGAGUACGCCAAGGUCCCAGAAAGAAUUCAGCUCUGGAGCAUUUUCCCUUGUGGCCUGAGAACUUCGAGCUUUACCAGGAAGAUCCUUCCCCAUAGACAGAUGCAUCACUUCAGGCCAGAACAAAAACCCAAGUCAAACGCAGCUGCAGAGCUGGAUGGGGACCGAGCUAGGAUCAGCACUGGGAUGCCUGGAAUCCUCUCGGCCAGCAGCCCCAGUUGUCUUGGGGCAAGCUCUCCACUCCCCACCCUUGUCCCAUCCGGGUGGCAGCGUGAAAACGAGUAGAAGGGGGUAGCCUGACUCACUCCCCACUUCCCUCUGCUCCUCAAUAUUCCUGCCACAUCAUCUUCUGUCUCCCCCUCUGGUGUCUGGUUGACCUGUUCUCUGCUUCUCCUCCUUCUGACUGCGUGAGGACCCCUCCUCUGGACAGGAGCUCUCUUCUGGGUUCCCGCCUGCCGCACCUGCCCGCGGCCACCGACUAGGUGACUACGUGCUGGGUGGAUGAGGCCGGGGCUGGUCCCACGCACUGCCUCUCCCCACAGGCUGAGCACGCCGGGGUCCGCACCUACUUCUUCAGCGCCGAGAGCUCCGAGGAGCAGGAGGCCUGGAUCCAGGCCAUGGGGGAGGCUGCCCGGGUGCAGAUCCCCCCAGCCCAGAAGUCGGUGCCCCAAGCUGUGCGUCACAGCCACGAGAAGCCAGACUCCGAGAACAUCCCACCUAGCAAACACCACCACCAGCCAUCCCACAACAGCCUCCCCAAGCCGGAGCCCGAGGCCAAGACUCGAGGGGAGGGUGAUGGCCGGGGCUGUGAGAAAGCCGAGAGGAAGCCCGAGAGGCCCGAAGUCAAGAGCGAGCCUCUGGUGAAGGCCAAUGGCAUCCAAGCCGGACCAGAACCAGCCUCGGAGCCUGGCAGCCCUUACCCCGAGGGCCCGAGGGUCCCAGGGGGAGGAGACCGGUCUGCCCAGCCCAACGGCUGGCAGUAUAGCUCCCCGAGCCGGCCCGGGAGCACAGCUUUCCCGCCGCAGGAUUCAGAGAGUGGGGGACACCAGCGGAGCUUCCCCCCACGGACUGACCCCGACAAAAUCGCCCAGCGCAAGAGCUCCAUGAACCAGCUUCAGCAGUGGGUGAACCUGCGCCGAGGGGUGCCCCCGCCUGACGACCUUAGGAGUCCCUCUAGGUUCUACCCCGUGUCCCGCAGGGUCCCUGAGUAUUACAGCCCCUACUCCACCCAGUACCCCGACGAUUACCAGUACUACCCACCAGGGGUGCGGCCGGACAGCAUCUGUUCCAUGCCGGCCUAUGAUCGGAUCAGCCCACCCUGGGCUCUGGAGGACAAGCGCCACUCCUUCCGGAACGGAGGUGGCCCUGCCUUCCAGCUGCGGGAGUGGAAGGAGCCCCCGGGCUACGGGCGGCAGGAUGGCACCGUCUGGCUCCCCGGCCCCUCCCCCUCCCGGCAGCCCAUCUAUUACGACGAGCUGGACGCCGCCUCCAGCUCCCUGCGCCGCCUGUCCUUGCAGCCCCGCUCCCACUCUGUGCCCCGCUCGCCCAGCCAGGGCUCCUACAGCCGUGCCCGCAUUUACUCCCCCGUCCGCUCACCCAGUGCCCGCUUUGAGCGCCUGCCACCUCGCAGCGAGGACAUCUAUGCCGACCCUGCUGCCUACGUGAUGAGGCGAUCCAUCAGCUCGCCCAAGUAUGAUUACCUGGGAGACAGGCGGCCAGUCCCUGCAGGACUGUUCCCCUACAACUACCCACCAUCCCCCACGGUCCACGAUAAGAUGGAUGAACUUUUAGACCUUCAGUUGCAAAGAAACCUAGAGUAUUUGGAUCAGCAGAUGAGUGAGAGCGAGACUCUCAUCAGUAUGGUGAACCGCAUGGUGGAGAACUCCUCCCCCAGGGCCCAGAUCUUCAUGCAAGUCCCUCCGUACCCAGAAGUGUUCCGGGACGGUCUCCACACCUACAAGUUAAACGAGCAAGACACAGAUAAGCUGCUGGGCAAAUUGUGCGAGCAGAACAAGGUGGUGAGGGAGCAGGACCGACUGGUGCAGCAGCUCCGAGCUGAGAAGGAGAGCCUGGAAAGUGCCUUGAUGGGGACCCACCAGGAGCUGGAGAUGUUUGGGAACCAGCCUGCCUACCCCGAGAAGCUGCUGCACAAGAAAGAGUCCCUACAGAACCAGCUCAUCAACAUCCGGGUGGAGCUGUCCCAGGCCACCACGGCCCUGACGAACAGCACCGUAGAGUAUGAGAGCCUUGAGUCAGAGGUGUCCGCCCUGCACGAUGACCUCUGGGAACAGCUCAAUUUGGACGUGCAGAAUGAGGUGGUCAACCGGCAAAUCCAGAAGGAGAUCUGGAGGAUCCAGGACGUGAUGGAGGGGCUGAGGAAGAAUAACCCAUCCCGGGGCACCGACACGGCCAAGCACAGAGGAGGCCUCGGCCCCACGGCCACCUACAGCUCCAACAGCCCCGCCAGCCCUCUCAGCUCCGCCAGUCUCACCAGCCCCCUAAGCCCCUUUUCACUGGUGUCCGGCUCCCAGGGGUCCCCCACCAAGCCCGGGUCCAGCGAGGAGCCCGGCCCGCCGCGGCCCCCCCUCCCCAAAGCCUACGUCCCCCUGGAGUCUCCUCCAAACGUGCCACCACUCCCUAGCGAGAGCCGCUUCUGGCCAUACCCCAGCUCCCCUGCCUGGCACCGCAGUGGCGAGCCAGCCAGGGGUCAGCUCAAGGCAAGCCAUGAGCAGAACAAGAAAGACCCCCACCAGACCUCACCCCUGGACACCGCUAGAGACAUCAACCUUGUGCCCACCAGGCAAGAGGUGGAGGCAGAGAAGCAGGCAGCUCUCAACAAAGUUGGCAUUGUGCCUCCUCGGACAAAGUCGCCCGCCGAUGAAGAGCUAACGCCGUUAAGGGUGGUGAGAAGGAGUGCCGACGGGCUCACCAAUGGACUGUCCUCCCGGCAGGAGCGCCCCAAGAGUGCCGUGUUCCCCACUGAGGGCAAGGUCAAGAUGAGUGUGGAGGAGCAGAUUGACCGCAUGCGGAGGCAUCAGAGCGGCUCUAUGAAGGAGAAGCGGAGGAGCCUGCAGCUCCCGGCCAGCCCAGCCAGCCCAGCCAGCCCGGCCCCCGACCCCGCUGCCCGGCCCGCUUACAAAGUGGUGCGCCGUCACCGUAGCAUCCACGAGGUGGACAUCUCCAACCUGGAGGCAGCCCUGCGGGCGGAAGAGCCUGGCGGGCAGGCCUACGAGACGCCGAGGGAGGAAAUUGCCCGGCUUCGCAAAAUGGAGCUGGAGCCCCAGCACUACGAUGUGGACAUUAAUAAGGAGCUCUCCACACCAGACAAAGUCCUCAUCCCUGAACGGUACAUUGACCUGGAGCCUGAUACUCCCCUGAGCCCCGAGGAGUUGAAGGAGAAGCAGAAGAAGGUGGAGAGGAUCAAGACGCUCAUUGCCAAGUCCAGUAUGCAGAACGUGGUGCCCAUCGGCGAGGGGGACCUUGUGGACGUGCCCCAGGACUCAGAGAGCCAGCUGCAGGAGCAGGAGAAGCGGAUUGAAAUCUCCUGUGCCCUGGCGACCGAGGCCUCCCGCAGGGGCCGCAUGCUGUCUGUGCAAUGUGCCACCCCAAGCCCUCCCACCUCCCCUGCUUCCCCGACUCCACCAGCCAACCCCCUAUCGUCUGAAUCCCCACGGGGCGCCGACAGCAGCCAUACCAUGCGGGUCUGAGCUCUGACUGCAAGCUCUGGCCGAGGCCAACGCCAUGAAGCCCCACAGAGCCACGUUCUGAAGGCCUCCUCUGCCCCCAGAGGUCCCGGUUCCCCCACCCUGGCCCCCUGCCCCUGCGCUCCCGUGGGGGUGCUGCAGGGAGCCAGGCUGGGGCCCGGGGUUGCUGCCAAGAUGUGACCUCAGUGUCCACACGCCCACUACGCCCAGCCACACGCCCACCACCACCACAUGGUGGCCUUAGGCCGGGGCCCGAGAUGCUGGGCAGACAGCACCUCCUGGCUGGCACCCGAGUCCUGAGGGGCUAGGCCUGGCCCUGGCUGGUGGUGUGACAGCUUUACUGGAACAUUUCCUGAGGAAGAGGAUGCCCUGGUGGGGAAGACGCUCUGGGCUCUCUAGGGGAGGACUAGGGUGAGGAGAAGAUGGAUGCUUUUGCCUCUUCCGGCCCCUCCUGACGCCGAGGACGGUACCUGCCAUCUGGUCCUUCCCCGCCACCCCACCCUGCUGCCCCAACUGCACCCGGGACUCUGACACGUCUCUGCUGAUGGGUGCUCCCUGGGGGUCCAGUGGAGACUGACCACGCUGCUCGAGCCAAAGACAAGAUGACAAGAGCUGGGGAGGGGCUUCUUGGCUCCCAGAGGGCACAGUGCUGGCUAUGGGUAGAGAGCGGCACGCAGGUCUGUGCAGCGUCUGUGGACAGGUUGAGAAGGGGAAGGAGAGAGAGAGGGAGAGAUGGAGGCAAGUGGGAGGACAGGGAAGCGGCAGGACUCGUUGCAAAUAAGAGGGGGAGGCGGAGGUGGAAAGGGGUGUGGGAUGGAUGGGUUUCCCCAGGAUGGAGCCUUAGCUUAGUGCCAAGUACAGAGCCAGCCUGUCAGCCCUGCUCCUGCCCCUCGUCCCCCAGAUCCAUGGGCCUGUGCAUCACUGGCCCCUGGAGGACCAACCGGCGAGCACGUGGUGACCUUCAGCUGCAGCCGUGGGAACGAAGGCGGAGGGAUGUGGUGCGGGUGUGCGGGUAGGAAGAUGGCCCUUUCUGGAUCUAGGCCCAGUGUCUGCCUCCCCUUCCGUAGCUCAGGGGCAGAGAGAAGGACCUCUGUCACGUAAGGUGUCAUCAGCCUUGGGGUCUUUCCUAACCAUGUUCAGGACGUUUUCUUGCACCCCUUCCCCGGGAAUGCGCUGGGGGUCAGCUGGGAGAGUGCCCCAGAAAGGAAAUGCAGCCUUAAUCUGGGGGGCUAGGUUCUAGGGCCCCACGCCGCAUCCCAGGCAUCCCCAAGGAGGACCAGGUGAGGCUAUGCGGAAGGGCUCCCUUCUGGUCUGGCUGUCUCACCAUCCGCCUACCCGGGGAGGCCAGCGGAGGAGACACAGAAGCAAAGCUCACGUUUUCUUCCUCGCCCCUCAUCUGGGGAGGACGGUAGCCAGGGAGGAGGGAAGGGAGAGAGUGAUUCUGGAAAAACCUGGGCCCCUGGGCAUUCUCUUUGCCAGAGUUGCUGCCCAGAGACUUCAGCCUCCAGUGGCCCCAAGAACAAUGACUUUAUCUGCCACCAUGUCUUCUCCACUCCUUCACAGCAAGGGGCCAGUGACUGGUUCAUUUGCAAGUAAAGAUGGCAACUCAUUCAACAAAUAUUUAUCAAGCACCUUUAUGUACUAAGCACUGUUCUAGGUGCUUAGGAUACUGUCGUGCUUCUGAGGGAUUGCAGGCUGGGGAAUUCCAUUUCCCUUUUAGCAGAUUUUUUGAACAUGAACCUUGGCUAUGUUUCCCAUUUAGAACCGCUCAAGCACCCCACACCUGUUUUUUCCUCCCGCACAGACCAGCAGGUGGGAUUGGCGCACUCUCUCUUUCCAACACCUUUCUCCAUCCACAAGAAAUAGCCUUUCGGGGCCUCCAUGCCUUUCCCUUUCUUUGUCCUUUUUUUUUUUUUUUUAAAGUGGUAUUUUUAGAAAUACAUGUGAAAUACCAAG